AUUCAACUCUCCAACAAAAUCAUUUCAAAUGGACCCCAUAGAAAAUCAACAUACUCAAGCUCAAGUUGUAAAGAAGAACAAGAAGAAGAAGAAGCCAACUGCUAGCGGUGAAAUUUCUCAACAAUGUCGUGACCUUUUGUCGGCAUUCCCAGUGGAGCUCCAAAAUACUCGCGCAAAAGGUCGUCAUGCUGUUGCCAGCGAAUCUCUUGAACCGGGCACCACAGUGUGCAGAGAACAGGCUACCUCCUACAUUGUUCGAUCUCCCUACCUUGAUAAGCAAUGUCACGUCUGUCUGAACAGCUUGGACCAUGGUGACAUUUCCCACUCAUUCACGUGCGAUGCCUGCAAUCGAGUUUAUUAUUGUAGCGAGGAAUGCAGAGACCAUGACAGGGCCAUGCACGAUAGUAUGUGCAGUAUUAUUAACCGCCUUGAUGGUAUUGCAUCUGAAUGUAGUGUAGAUGUGGAUCUGCUUAGACUCAUGUUGGGUCUUCUGGCUCGUCAUGCUCAGGAUCCUCAGGAUGGACAGACUAGUACACCCACUCCAUUUGAAUAUGUUCUUAAGUUGGUUCACAAUCGUGAAAAAAUCAGUUCUGAUUUUAUUCAAGUUAUAACCCAGGCUUCUACCAUGCUAAAUGAUAUAGUGCCGGAAAACAUGAAAAUGGACGUCAAAGAAUUAGUACUGUUAGCUUGUCGCAUCAAUUCCAACGCUCAUGGAUUAGGUGAUGUGCAAUCCCGUAACACGGACAGUGCACUUGGUCUCUUUCCCCUUGGCGCCAUGUUCUUCAACCAUUCAUGUGAGCCAAAUUGUAAUUUUGUUGGCCUUCGCGAUGGCAAGCUGGAGUUUCGUACAUUGAAGAAAGUCGUAAAGGGCGAUGAACUUUGCGUAUCGUACAUUGAUUUAUUUGCACCAAGAAACGAGAGACGCGGCAACUUGUUAUAUACCAAACAAUUUUGGUGCAAAUGUCGAAGGUGUUCCACCCCUAUGGAAAAAAGCGUUGACCGGUUCCUCAAUGGUGUCAUGUGUCGCCAAUGCCACAAAGAUGUGUAUGUGAUCCCUCCUGCUCAGAUUGAUGGUAAAACUAGCGCCAAGGACGAUGAAAGUGUGGCAACUUAUUCGUGCGCACAAUGUCACCAUGCCGCCCCCCACAGCAUGGUAGCUGGUACUAUCGAGCGUGCUGAUCAUCAAUACAAUCAAGCCAUUGGCAUGAUUAGACAACGCAAGUACGGACGAGCCAAGGAUAUUUUUAACACUCUCAUUAAAGCACAAGACAACACCAAAACCGGCAAUUUCACUCUACAUAACUUCAAUGCCAUUCUCAUGAACUCUUGUGUCCCUCUCAUGAACUGCUACACGUUUGAAGAUAACCACAUGGCCGCUAUCCAUGUGAACCGCCAAAUCAUAUCCAAACUUCGAGACUCCGGAGCCGUGCCUGAGAACUCCCCGGAAAUAGGUGAUUUCUUGAUGAAUCUGGGUGAGCUUUGUCUGAAUGUUGCCAAGGAAAGUCAUGGUAAAGCCUUGGUAGAGGAACGCUGGAAGCAAGAGGCAGAAACAGCGUUGAAGGAGUGUGUCAAGCUGCGCGAAAUUGCAUUCGGUCCUUCACAUGGUAAAACCAUCGCCGCACAAGAACUUUUACAGUCUUGCACAUAACGUUAGUUAGUGAACUUUAUGAUGGUUACUUUUUCUUUUUUUAUCUUUAUAAUGAAUGUCUAUGUGUAUUUUUUUAUUUUGAAAACUGUUUCGGCGUAGAGGACAAUUUUUG